AUGGUGUCGGGGUUUGUGGUAUGGUGUCGGGGUUGUGGUAUGGUGUUGGGGUUGCGGUAUGUGUCGGGAUUGUGGUAUGGUGUCCGGGGUUGUGGUAUGGUGUUGGGGUUGCGGUAUGGUGUCGGGGUGUGUAUGGUGUCGGGGUUUGCGGUAUGGUGUCGGGGUUGUGGUAUGGUGUCCGGGUUGUGGUAUGUGUUGGGGUUGCGGUAUGGGGUCGGAAGUUAUGGUAUGGUGUCGGGUUGUGGUAUGGUGUUGGGUUGGGUAUGGUGUCGGGGUUGUGGUAUGGUGUCGGGGUUGUGGUGUGGUGUUGGGUUGCGGUAUGGUGUCGGGGUUUUUGGUAUGGUGUCGGGGUUGUGGUAUGGUGUUGGGGUUGCGGUAUGGUGUCGGGGUUGUGGUAUGGUGUCGGGGUUAUGGUAUGGUGCCGGGGUUGUGGUAUGGUGUCGGGUAUGGUGUCGGGGUUGUGGGUAUGGUGUCGGGGUUGUGGUAUGGCGUCGGGGGUUGCGGUAUGGUGUCGGGGUUGUGGGUAUGGUGUCGGGGUUGUGGAUGGUGUCGGGGUUGCGGUAUGGUGUCGGGGUUGCGGUAUGGUGUCGGGUUGGUAUGGUGUCGGGGUUCGGUAUGGUGUCGGGGUUGGUAUGGUGUCGGGGUUGCGGUAUGGUGUCGGGGUUGCGGUAUGGGUGUGGUUGUGGUAUGGGUGUCGGGGUUGUGGUAUGGAUUCGGGGUUGUGGUAGGUGUCGUGGUUGUGGUAUGGUGCCAGGGUUGCGGUAUGGUGUCGUGGUUGUGGUAUAG